AAACUUUCUUCAAACAAAGGUAAAACCGUUGAAGAACGCCGCGGCACUCCGCUGCGGUUCACUCUAACAAAGAUGCAAGGCUACCCAGUACUUUUCAGAUACCAUGUCUUCGUUUUUGGGAUCUUUGCUACAUUUCCAAAUAUUUCUACAGGUGACACUCUAACCUGAGUUCAUGUAGUCUAUAUCUUUAAUAGUCUAGAUCCUUUGGAAUAUAUUUUCAGAACAUUCCUCAAGCUUUCAUUUUUUUUUUUUGGCCUUCUUUCUUACAGCUUUCAGCCAAGGAUCCAUUGGUAACUUUUUCUAUGUCAACUUCAUGAUAAGUGAAUUUUCCUACCUCAAUAUCACAAGUAUUGGACGGAAUCUUACUCAAAACGAAAGCGAUUGUGGCUACGCCUGUCUAGAAAUUCCUUCAUGUUUUUCCUACAAUGUGGCUGCCUUCCCUGAUGUCAACGGCAAACUUCUUUGCGAACUCCUACCAUCGGACAAGUUUAACAACUCGGACAAGUUCAACGCCAGCAAGACGUUUAAUCACUUUUAUAUUCCGGUAAGUCAAACAACUUAUUUAUCACAGCUUUUUCAUGAAGGAAAAUAACAACCUUCUAAUUAUUUUCCAUAGUUAUGGGUUUCGGAAGUUAGCUUUUUGUAAAUGGGACACGUAUCUCCUAAUUUGCUUGGAGAAUCUCCGAGCACUGAAUUGUAAUUUAUAAAUGCAAAGGAAAACUAUUUGGCUGGUUAGUUUGCGUUCAAGGCAUGAAAUAAAGAAGGAAAGAUGGCAAAAGGAAUACGAAGAAGGUUGUUUUUCAUUAGUAAUGCAUGCACCUGCCGACUUAUAAUUAAAAGUAUCCAUGACAUACGUGGUGAAAUUAAUCGUACCGGUUAUAUUUCUCUUCCAAUGUCCUAAUUAAGUUUGCAAGGCAGGUUGAAACUGGGCUCUCAACCAAAAUAUUUGCCACCAAAAAGCGUCAAAUGGUCGUUGGCACUAUACCAAGAUUUUUCUCGCACAUAUAAGGCUUCAAAUGAAAAUUACACAAUUUUCGAUACACCUUCAUUGUGAUAGCCUUCCGCCAUUAGCUUUAUACACCUGUCUUAUAAAGUAUAUCUCAAUCUGCCGAAUAGACUGUUUCUCAAUUUUUUCUUGAUAAUUGUCCAACUUGUUUUCCUGAUCUUUGGAUGGAAGUGUCAUCAGCACACUGGACCUUUUAGUUGCAUGACCAAAAAUUUAGUUCAUAAAACAGCAUUAAGUUCUGUUCCUAAAGACAACUAAGCAGACCCAUCUUACCCUUUUACAAAAAAAACCUCUUUGUUAAAAUGUAUUUUCAAAAACUGAAUCAUUGGACAACAUAACUCUAGCGCUCUUAUUGGCUUAGCCAUCAUGAUAUAUGAGACAUGAUACCAUGCUCUCCAAAUAUGCUAACUGUAAGAGUCUGCUCAGAAUUAAAAACUAGCUGAAAAUCAUUUGUUUUUAAAAAUAAAGUCAGGAAGAAUUCUUGAUAUUGGGCUUUGUAAUAAACAAUUAUUCCACUCGCGCUUGUUGAAUAUGAGAUGAUUAUAGCCAACUCGGCGCUGCCCGCCUCGUUGGCUCUUGCUGGGGAAUAUAAGAAACAAACCCCAAAAAGGAAGGAGGAAGAUUCAAAUAAACUUGUAUUUUAUAACUUUGAGGCCACAAUAAAAAUAAGUGUUAAAGUUUUUUAAUCUCUUCUAAUAAUGAAAUAAAAAUGCCUCAUUUAAUGUUACUUUACUUUAUUAAGUUUUCUGAGACUAGGAAACUUUAUCCCCAACCUUUCUGUUCAGUUAUUUUUGAGGUUGCUGGCUCAUGAAUUUUGUGUGUUUGUGUGCUCAAAGUAUUUGGACAUACAAUGAAGCGGCUAUCGAGUUGGCGGCGGCUGUUUUUAUUAAAUGAUUACAAAAGCAUGCAUGCCAUAAGUUUCGGGACGAAAAUAAACUUCUGGCGAAGAAAACGUCAUUCAUAGUUCCUACAAUCUUGAAAAGGUCUUGAAUUUUACUAGUCGUCUUGAAAAGUCCUUGAAUUCGGUUUAGGUCCUUGAAAUCAUGUAAUUUAGUAGUCACAUCAAUUGAAUUUGUAAGAAAUCUACUCUCGCCAUAAGAUCAAUGGGACGCAUUCGGAAAUAUCUCUCGCUAGACGGACUUAAAAUGUUAGUUAAUGUCCUUGUCAUCUCGCGAUUGGACUUUUGCAAUUGUCUUUUGUAUGGUAUUCCUAAAUAUCAAAGGGAUAAACUCCAACGAAUCCAGAAUACUGCGGCGCGUCUUGUGAUGGGCGUAAAACUUUCAGGUCAUGCAACGCCUAUACUAAAGAACUUGCAUUGGCUUCCAGUUGAAAAGAAGAUUGAAUUUAAGAUUCUCCUCAUAACGUAUAAGACUAUACAUGGCCACUCUGCAGACUACCUGAAGCCUUUAAUUAAAAUGCAUCAACCGUCACGAACUUUAAGAUCAGCGUCACGUUCACUACUCUGUCCUCAAAAGCUAAAACUAAAAACUAGGGGUGUAGAGCUUUUUCUUUUGUGGCACUGAAAUUGUGGAACUCCCUACCGGAGGACAUUAAGAAUGCCAAGACUGGAAUCUGUUUUAAAAACAAGUUGAAAACUCAUCUUUUUAGGACGGCGUUUUUUAAGUAAGCAUUAUGGUGAACUUAUUUAGAUAGGGAUUUUCAUUUUAUUUUCUGUUUGUAAAUCAUUUUAAGGCGCAUCGAGCUUUGUAAAUGCGCCAUUUAAGAAUGUAUUUAUUAUUAUUAUUAUUAUUAUUAUUAUGUCGCAGUAUAAAACUUUGGAAUGCUGUCCACAUUAUGAGUAGUAUAGGGCGCAUAAUGUAACCUAAACCACUUGAGAAGCUUCACUUAGAAGUAAAAAAGGUCGGUACGAAACCUAAUACGAUCCUAAUGUACAUAAUGAUAUGAAUCUCCCUACUUAAAAAGCCAAUUUAGAAUAUUACUAAAUUCUUAUACUCUGUAAAACCUACGCAAAGACAUGAUGAUAUAAUUAUCUCUACUGGAAGCCUAAUUAGAAAAUUAUUCAGUUUUUAUACUCUCAUUUUCUCUUAUAUACCUACACGAGGCCAUCUUAAUGUGGUUAUCUCUACUAAAAGCUUAUUUAGAAUAAUAUCAAACUCUAAUACUCUAAAAAAUCUAAGUAAAAACAUCAGCAAACUUGCGUUUUAAUAUUAUUAUUAAUAUUAUUAUUAUUAUUAUUAUUAUUAUUAUUAUUGUUGUUGUUGUUAUUAUUAUUAUUAUUAUUUAAGUGUUGGAUUUGUGUAUUAGGUCUUGGAAAGUCCUUGAUAUUCACAACCUUGUCUACACCAGAUACCAUUUUCUGCAAAAUUAUAUUAUUUAGCCUAAAAUAUUUGACUCAUCCUCGAUGUAAGAACCUGUGAAACUCACGAAUAACGUAACAACAUUUUUGUGUAUGAACAAUAUUUUAUUUCUGUUUCUUUAUUUCAAAUGCUAUUUGAGAACCUAAGAUGCAAUUGCAAGUCAUACCCAGUCAGUUUGCAAAGUCUUAUUGCGGAAAGUAGACGUAUAAAAUAAUGUGAUCAACAAUGGCCGAAGAAGCGGUAAAAAUCACAAAAAACUCCUUGACGUGUUUUAGCAACUGUACGGUGAUGAAAGUGGGUUAAAGAAUGCCGAUUUAUUUGAUAAAUCUUAGUCUUUGAAAAUUAUAAUUUGUCCUUGAAAAAUCCUUGAAAAGUCCUAGAAAUGUUUUUGUCUGAAGUUGUAUGAACCAUGGUCAUAGAAUUCGGCUAGAUUCCUGCUUGGCCUUCUUGUAUAUAUCUUGAUUCACGGCAACGCUAAACGCGACCGGUUGCUCUUCCAGCAGCUUGUUCUCAACGGACGUAGGAGAGGCAACAGGACGAGUUAGAUUCUGUGAAUGCCAUGUUUUUGAACUGUUUGUGUUCGAGCAUAUUUUUGGAAACUUAAUAUCAGAGUUUACUUUCCAUUUUUAAUGACGGACUGCUUACAACGGAGUAGUGUGCCAGUGAUACUUGGUUCUGUUUUUCUCCACGUCGCAUUGAUUCGGCACGAUCGAACAAUUUUGCGCGAUCAAUGUGGGUUUCCCUAUUUAAAAAAAUGUCAAAACAAAGACAUCAACAACAGCGUCUCUUUUGUUCUGUCAGCAUCUAAAUUAUAAAUCAGUAAAGAAAGACAAGUCUAACUAUUAAAGAUUUGAAACAGUCUUGGCCCCUGUUGUACAAACGUUGGACAGCGCUAUUCACCUGAUAAAUCGUUAUCCAGAGGAUAAGCAUGACGAAAACCAAUUGCGCUAUCCGUUGGAUAGUGGUUUUUCCAGUGGAUAGCGCUAUCCACCUUUUGAACAAAUAGGGCUUCGUCUUUAUUAGUCUUUGGUCUAGAGUCUUUUGUAGGUCGUUAAUAAAAAAAACUUUGAUCUAUUUUGUUGAAUACGACAAUGUUGUUGUUGAGUUUUUGUUUGCGCUCUACUUUUAUGAAUGGCAUGCGUUCGAAGAAAUUGAGAGAACUUGAUCUAGUAUAACCAGAGAGGAAACAUUCUUUAAAUUCUAUCAAAAUAUCCCUUAUACAAACCCAAUCGCUUGUAAACGUCCCUGUAAUUUUCAGAGGAAGUGACAGAGAAAGUCAAGCGUUUUAAGCAAUAGAAUUUUGACGGUUGAAAGUAAUUUGCAUAACUUCAGCGCGCAUGCUCUCCAGCUGACAUAGCCCCUUUAAGUUGGGGGAUGAAGAACGUCGUGUUCCAAAAGUCCGAAAUUCUUUUGAUUCUGACUAUUAGAAUAACUACGAUCACACACCUUGCUAAGCCUGAAUCCAUAAUAAAUAUCGUGAAAAACUUUACCAACAAAAAUUUAUCCGGCUAAUCAUAAGAUUACAUUAUAGUUUAAUUAUACUUAAUACUUAUAUUGUAUAUCUGGCUUGCUUCUCUUUGUGUAGUCUCCAUGUGACAGCUCGCCCUGUAAGAACACUGGCAAAUGCAUUCCCUUGUACCAGAAAAAUGGAUAUAAGUGUACCUGCGUGAAAGGAUUCACGGGACGAAACUGCGAAACGAGUAAGCGAUACUUGGCUGAAACAAGUAUAAAAUUAUGCUAACUUUUUGUUUUCUCUAAACUGUCUCUCUCUUGAAAGUUAAAUCACAGGGGGGCACAUUAUUAGAGAACUUUGCCUGUGGAGAAACCCUGAGUACUACUACAUGUUGCGGCGUAUUUCAAUUUUUGCUGAAGUCGUAUGUACUGCUAGAAAUUGCGGAACAUUCUGUAAAAUACCUUUGCUUUGACUCUCUCCUACAGAUAUAAAUGACUGUGUCAAUAUCACUUGUUUGAACAAUGGAACUUGCAUCGACCUAAUUGAUGGCUUCAACUGCAGUUGCCCUCCAGGAUAUGCUGGGAAUCGAUGCGAAAUUGGUUAGAUUCUUUUUGUUAUUAUUUGCAUUGAAUUUUUCGCCCAUACGCAACAUGUUAUACCGUCUAUACCGUGUAGCAUGAAAUUUUUGACGGACUUUUAUUUUGAGGAUUGGCGAUUUUUUGAGGUUUACAGGAACAAAUUUUUACGGCUCCAAUUAACUGAAAUUUCCGCUGGGAUGGAACUAAUUUUUGCCGGCAGUUUUCUUUUCGAGCAGCAAAACAUCAACAAGGUAUCGAGGAUCGUAAUAUUUUCAACUUUUAUUACUUUUUUUUAAGGUAAAACAGCAGUCUAUACUUCUCAGACAUUUCAGUCAACGACAAGCUGGUCGGUUACAACAAAACAUUUCCAGUUAAGCUGUAAAAGCCCGACUUAAAACACAAAUGAAAAUACAACGAAUCUAAACUCAGUCAAUCAACACCUGUUGCGCAAGCAACAGCAGAAGCGUAUCUAGAGCUACCGGUAGAGCAUCGUUGUUCUUCAGUGUACCUCUUGUGCCUUAGACACUGGAAAAGUAUUGACUUAAACUUUUAUCGUUUUAUCGUUUCGUUUUAUUUGUAUAGCAGGCAAGGUCCGAUUGCUUUUUCUCAUCAGGGCAAAUAUUAAACGAAACGUUCUUGUUUUAUCUUGAUGUAUGGUACUAGCAGCACUGAUGGAUUAAAAGCUAUUUUUAAAUAGCGGUUUUUAAUUUUGCUGGUUUUUUUUUUGUUAUCUGCCGGAACUUAUUUUUGCGGAUCAACGACCAUCCGCAAAAUCCACAAGAAUUAAGCACCGUAUAAUAAAAGUGCUACACGGUACAUCAAGUUAUGUAAGUACCUAAUAUAGGUGAAGGUGUUGAAUGCUGUUGGGUGAUAAUAUACACGAUCAAUUUAAAUCCUACACGAAGCCUUUACACCCAGCCGACAAUGCGAGUUCAGCUGUCCCUCCUCAUUCUUCCCCGCUAGAGGCGUUUUGUGGGAGAGAUGUUUGCAAUUCAGCCAGCAAAUUUAUUGAUUACGUACAUCUUUCUGAAAUCUGGUGAUUGGUCGACUUUGUAAUCUCAUUCUUUUAGCUUUUGCAUCGUGCGCGUUCGACGUUAGGAGAACUCAACCUCUAAUAUUUUGGAUUCCUGUAGAACUUGCUUCUCCUCCCAUAGUCAGGUACAUGUGUUGCCUUUUCAACAUUUUUUUUGCCGUACGUCUGCAUUUUUGGCGCCGGAAUUUAGUCAUAGGUACAUUCCCAUUACCCUUGUUCGAUCAAGAAAAAACAGAUGGUGCAACUCGUCAUUUUUCGAAAGCACGGAGUUAUUUGAUUUAGGCGAGAGAAUUAAUUUCGAGUUGUUUUUGAGGCGGGUUCUAUCCCUGAGAUGGCGAUUCUGGCCUACCCUUCUCGGACGAUACUUCAUUGUUAGUAAGAGAUGUUAUACCGGUCAGAUUGAGCUGAAACAUCGUACCAAGACACAAAUAAACACCAGGGCCCAGCUGUUCGAAGAGCACUAUUAUCGCUUGAACCCGGUGUUAAAUUUUAAUCUGGAUUUCUCUUUCUUUUGCACGAAAGCAUUUUCUCGGGUAAUUUUCGCUAUUCUUCAAUUUAGAAACAUUCCAUCACCUCAUUGUAGACAAAAAUAAUUGAACUGAAUUUGUUUUUUUACGCUUUCAUAGCUGAAUUCAAAUUUUGCACUAACUCUGGGUUAUCUCAACCCACAAUCUUGGAGAAAAAUGUUGGGACAAAUGGACAUUAUACCAUGUCUAGAUUCAAGAUAAAGCUUUUGAAAGCGCUGACAACUACAAAUACUCUCCCUUGUCCACCCAAAACAACAACGUUGAAGCCGGGGUGGAUCAUUUCUAAACCCGACUAAACAACUUUGACCAGGGUGGGGCAAGGGGAGGGGUCAUAGAGCGUUCUGGAGGGUAAGAGAGUGCAAAAUAGACAACACUUUUUGUCCAAGAUUGCAUCUUUGAACAACCUGGCUCAGUACAGGUAACAAUUUUCAUGCUCUUUAUGCUCUGUUGAGGACUUUACCUGUGCGUUUGCUUCUAUUUAUUUUUUCCCACUGCACAAAACACAUUCCGGGAUAAAGUACGUUACGUUUACAGAAUUUUACCCGUGUAUUCCCAAGUAGUGCUUAUUUCGACGUCUGAUGUAUCUGUGCGGAAUUUUUUGGAGCUGAAUAACGAUGAACAGUUCGCACAAUCGCAAAAGAUUUUGUACCCUAAGCGAUGUUUGUUUCGCUGACAUCUGUGAUCUCGCAGAGACCUAAAUGAUCUAUCAUUACUAGUUUACAAUACACAAAGAUCAAAUGUAAACGGGAUGAGUCCACUAAAAACAUUCAUUAUUGGUGGAGUACAUCUUUGUUACAUCUUCGUUACAUCUUUGUUUACAAGAAGACAUUUGAGUUUUGCUGUCACACGCACGCAGAAGAACUGGAAACUUGACGAUAAUAAACGAACCCCAUGACUACCAGCGAGACUGAUUAUGUAAACAUCGAUUUACGUCAUUAGCUGCACCAAGGGCCCAAAAAAUAAUAAAUUAAAAAACUGAAUACAAAAAAAUAAAGAAAUAGGGAGGAGGUAGAAAGGAACCUUUUCUCCCCUUCCCCUCUCCCUACUUCCAUUUUCUUUGCUCUCGCUUCCACUUUCGAGCGCGGAAACGCUUGCUGCACAGCCUAGCCGAAUCGGUGACGUUUCUCCCGCAAAAAGGUCCCUAGCACUGGGGAGCAAAGAGUUACGGCUGUAUUCGCCGAUCUGAGAGUGUCUGUCGUCCGUUUUGUAAUAUGUCGCUGCCUGGCAGCGCCACCUACAUUCAUUCGUCUGAAUUAUAGUCUAAACAAGGCUAAUUCCGGCAAAAUUAUGUUCUUCGUAUUCAUUUUUAGUUAGCUUGAUGGACGGCCUCUUGGCCUGUGCAUAUUCUCGAGUUUAAGAUGUUUCGAUAUAGGUUUUCAGAGGCCAUACCGAUAUUUUUCAAUCACUUUAAAAGUGAUUUUAUCCUUGUCCGAUCGCUAUAAAAUUUUCACCAGUAAUUGGCUGUGGAUUGAAAUUUGUGAAAAUGUAGUUUUGAGUAAAAUCGAUAAUAUAUACUAUUAAUUUGGACUUUUAUUAGCGCUUUUUUGUAUAUCUCUAAAACGACUUGAACGAAUUUUUUUUUAUUUUUUUUUCCCAUAAUCUUCAUAAUGUAUACAAUAACGUCUGAAACUUUAAUUAAGAUUGAUUCACUGCAACAUCUUGAAAUUUCAAGACAAACCUAUCCUACGAUCCUGUCAAAAAUCCGCGCUACAACAUUCAGUGUUUUGACGUUAUGCUAAUUCUUUCAAAAUUAAUGCAUGCGGACAAUACAUAUAUCCCUGACUAGUACAUUUCAGUGUGAGCAUUGUCAAUGUUUUACGUUCAAAAGAUAAGAUAAAUUCACACUAAACUGUACUAUUCAUGGAGGUAUGUAUAGUGCGGAUUAUUUUGGAAAAUUAGAAUAACAUCUAAACAGUGAAUUUUCUAACGCAGAUUUUUGAUAGGUCCGUAGGACAGGUUUGUCUUGAAAUUUUAAGGCGUUGCAGUCGUGAAUCAAUCUUAAUGAAAGUUUCAGACAUUAUUAUAUACAUUAUGAAGAUUAUGUGAAGAGAUUUUAAACAAAUUCGUUCGAGUCGUUUCAGAGAUAUACAAAAAAGCGCUAAUAAAAGUCCAAAUUUUGAAUGACGUUGCACUUAUACAGGUGGUGAGAAAACGGAUUAGUUUUCAAGAUCGCAAGAACGAAAAUACUCCAAAAUUUCCUAGCAUCAAACUAUGAGAUUAAGCAGCAUUUUCAAGCUACUUAAGAAUAAUUUGAGUCAUUUAUAACGUUUUUAUUGAAUAAUCUAUAACGGCUAUUGAAAAUUUAAGGUAUGAAAUAUAUUUUGAGUCGUUUUAGUCGAAUUCAAACAUACAGAAUUUUUUACUCCUUACGGAGACUGUUUGCUGAACACCAAACUGUGAGUUGCUAGUGUUGGAUUUUCAGUAGCUGGUCUAGUUCACACAAAAUUCGGCUUGUAUCAUUUUCAAAUUUUUUUUGUUUAUCGUUAUCGCAGUAACAUCGAUUUUACUUAAAACUAAAUUUUCACAAAUUUCAAUUCAUAGCCAAUUACUGGUGAAAAUUUUAUAGCAAUCGGACAAGGAAAAAAGUCGUGAUUUUUAAGGCGAUUGAAAAAUAUCGGUAUGGCCGCUGAAAAACUGUAUCGAAACACCUUAACCCUGAAAAAUUGCAGCACUUCGUUGCUCUAUGUUUCGCCACGAAUAGCUGGAUGAUGUCUGCAAGAGAUAUAAACAAGUGAAACCAAUUCCUAUUUUCUCCUUCACCCAGAUGUUAUCUCGACUGUGGUAAAACAGUUUCUUUCCCCUGCGAUUGGGAAUAACAGCAACUGGGCUCUGUGUUGGCAGGCCUCCACUCAUGGCUGGGCUGCCAGUACCUUCCACAGCGGAUGUGAUUGGAAAAAUCACACGAUUGCAAUCAUCAAAAAAGGCUCGUACGUGUUCGGAGGAUACACUGAUAUUCCUUGG